AUGGCUGCAGAAGCUCCUUCCGAAGUCGAUCUGGGGAAGAGGAGCCUGAAAAAACCGUGCUCGUUCACCAUUGAGAACAUCCUGUCCGGCUCGGCAGAGAGGAGGCCCCAGGUGCUCCUCCCGUUCUGCUUCCAAGGGAUCUUGGACUGUGAGCCCCGUGGCCUCUGCACGCUGGGGACCCUCGCGGCUGGCUCUCUGCAGGAAGAAGAGGAGGGCGAAGAGGCGGAGGUGGACUUUGGACAGUGCAGCUGCUGUUGCUGCUCGCACGGCAGCGCUCACUCCUGGCAGGAGACAUCAAACUGGCUGGACACAAGGUUCCCCUGGCCCAUGAGGCUUCUCCACCCCCUCAGCAGGCCCUGCAAGAACACCCGGGGGAGCCAGAGCCAGCUGCAAACGUUCCACCAGAUCCAGCGUCGCACCCGGCGCCACCGCACCAUCUUCACCGAGGACCAGCUGCAAGCCUUGGAAGCUCUCUUCCGUCAGAACCAGUACCCAGACGUCAUCACGAGAGAGCACCUGGCCAACCGGAUCCACUUGAAGGAAGAAAGAGUCGAGGUUUGGUUUAAGAAUCGCCGAGCCAAGUGGCGGCACCAGAAGAGAGCAUCCGCUUCGGCGCUCCUCCUCCAAGGCUCCAAGAAGUCUGCUGAGGGAAACUGCUGAGAAACAGCAGUCCAGCCCUGUUGUCCA